AUGAAAGGUCGGCGCAUACCAAGUGUUUUAUUCGCACAACAAACCUUGCCAGACGACUCCUACCAACUUAUCGAGGAACUCCUAAAGAGAGGCUGCUCAAGUACUUUGCCAGAUGGCUUUCCGAUUGUAAAAUCGUGCCAACUCGGGCACCUCAAAUUAGUCAAGCUACUUAUUACACACGGCGCCGAUCCUUAUGCUCGCAAAUGCCUUGCUCUCCGAAGUGCAGCUGUACGAGAGAACUACACUAUGAUAGAAUACCUCCUAGAUGACUUGAAGAUGACACCAGAUACCCUAACGCUCAAGGAGUGUGUGAAGAGAGGAAAGAUGAGGGUUGCCGAUAUAUUAAUGGCCCAUGGCGCUGUUCCUGACAUGGAAACGCUCAACAGCAUGGGCUAA